CCGCAGCGAAUGGUCGCGCCGAGCGCCGCUCUGAGUGACCUUUCACCCGCGCCCAGCGGUCCCAGACGGCGGCACAAGGCGGAAGCCAUGGCGGAGGCGGCGGCUGCAGCCGGCGAGAUAGGCGCGAGCUCCGGCUCAGGCUCCACAGCGGACCUUGAUCGGGACCGGGACCGGGACCGUGCGGGGCGGAGGCUGCGUGUUCUGUCGGGCCAUCUGCUGGGCCGGCCCCAGGAGGGUCUGAGUACCAAUGAGUGCAAAGCGCGGAGAGCCGCGUCUCCUGCCACGGCGGCGCCCACGGCCACUCCCGCCGCGCAGGAGUCGGGCACCAUCCCCAAGAAGCGGCAAGAAAUUUUGAAAUGGAAUGGAUGGGGAUAUAAUGAUUCCAAGCUCGUCCUCAAUAAGAAAGGUCAUGUUGAGUUGACUGGGAAAAGGUACCUUCUUAGUGGCAUGGCUUUACCAAGUUUUAGAGAAUGGGUCCAGAAUACCCUUGGAGUAAAUGUGGAGCAUAAAACUACCUCUAAAGCAUCCGUAAAUCCUAGUGAUACACCUCCUUCUAUUGUAAAUGAAGAUUUUCUUCGUGAGCUUAAAGAAACUACUAUUUCAUAUUCACAAGAAGCAGAUGAUCGAGUAUUUAGAGCUCAUGGUCAUUGUCUUCAUGAGAUAUUUUUGCUCAGGGAAGGAAUUUUUCAUCGCAUUCCUGAUAUAGUUAUAUGGCCAACAUGUCAUGAUGAUGUAGUUAAGAUUGUGAAUCUAGCUUGCAAAUAUAACCUUUGUAUCAUACCAAUUGGGGGAGGAACAAGUGUCUCCUAUGGCCUGAUGUGUCCUGCAGAUGAGACAAGAACGAUCAUUUCUUUGGACACUUCACAAAUGAAUCGAAUCCUCUGGGUUGAUGAGCACAAUCUGACAGCUCAUGUAGAGGCUGGCAUAACAGGACAAGAGUUGGAAAGACAGCUUAAAGAAAGUGGUUAUUGUACAGGUCAUGAACCAGAUUCCAUGGAAUUCAGCACUGUGGGAGGAUGGGUGUCUACUCGGGCAUCAGGCAUGAAGAAGAAUAUCUAUGGCAAUAUUGAAGACCUGGUGGUUCAUAUAAAAAUGGUAACACCUAGAGGUAUAAUAGAAAAAAGCUGUCAAGGACCUCGUAUGUCAACAGGCCCUGAUAUCCAUCACUUCAUCAUGGGAUCUGAAGGAACUCUUGGUGUGAUAACAGAAGCUACAAUAAAAAUCAGACCACUCCCUGAAUAUCAAAAGUUUGGCUCAGUAGCUUUCCCUAAUUUUGAACAAGGAGUAGCCUGUUUAAGGGAAAUUGCAAAACAGAGGUGUGCUCCUGCAUCUAUUCGCCUCAUGGAUAACCAGCAGUUUCAGUUUGGUCAUGCUCUUAAACCUCAGGUUUCCUCUAUUUUUACAUCAUUUUUGGAUGGAUUAAAAAAGUUUUAUAUUACAAAGUUUAAAGGAUUUGAUCCAAGUCAGAUCAGUGUCGCUACAUUACUGUUUGAGGGGGACCGGGAGAAGGUUCUUCAGCAUGAAAAACAAGUGUAUGACAUUGCUGCAAAAUUUGGUGGAUUGGCAGCUGGAGAAGAUAAUGGACAAAGAGGUUAUUUGCUGACCUAUGUCAUUGCAUACAUUCGAGACUUCGGUUUAGAAUACUAUAUAUUAGGAGAAUCUUUUGAGACUUCCGCUCCUUGGGACAGGGUUGUAGAUCUCUGUAGAAAUGUAAAAGAAAGAAUAAUAAGGGAAUGCAAAGAGAAGGGUGUUCAAUUUGCUCCUCUUUCUACAUGCAGGGUGACACAGACUUACGAUGCUGGUGCAUGUAUCUAUUUCUACUUUGCCUUUAACUACAGGGGAAUAAGUGACCCACUGACUGUGUUUGAACAGACCGAGGCAGCUGCUAGAGAAGAAAUUCUCGAUAACGGAGGGAGCCUGUCACACCACCAUGGAGUGGGCAAGUUACGGAAGCAGUGGCUAAAGGAAAGUAUCUCUGAUGUCGGCUUUGGGAUGCUGAAGUCUGUCAAGGAAUAUGUGGACCCCAAUAAUAUCUUUGGAAACAAGAACCUUUUAUAAAUCCAGUACUGUUGUUAUGAAAAAAGUCACUUUUUUUUAAGUCUUCAACUAUUGUUAUGCCAGUAAUCAUAUAUAUCAUGGACUAUAUCUCAGCUGCAUUUGUUUGUUCGUUUAACAUAAGUUUGUUUCAUUCUGUAGUUUGUUUUGUUUCUGCAUUUAUGGAUGGACAGAUGGUAUUCCAAAGUCUCUCUCAUUUCCCUGUCAUUUCAAAUUUCAGGCAGCACAAGUCUGCCAGUUGUUACUGCGGAGGAAGAUGCUGCCAGCUGUUUUGUAUUGACGUUUCCUCUUGGGAACAAAGGCAGAUUUUGGUGUCACCUAUUGCUUAUCCAGCCUCUUUUUAAAAACAUCUCUGAGAAGCAGAUAUUUUGGGGAGGAUUCCACUGAGGAGCGAUACACAUGUGGGGUUCAGGGCGCAUUCCAGUGUGAAUCGGCCACUAAGGGAGGGGACUCAUGAAACAGUAUUGGCCGCCUGUUACUUAGGAUGUUUUCAGUUCUGUUAGGUGCUUGGCCUACCCUUUUUUUUAUUUUUUGAAAUUAGUGUACAAUUGUAAAACUUGGAGUCAUCAAUAUACAAAAUAAUUCUGUUUGGGGACACAUUUUUGUUCUCCAUGUUUCUGUUUCUGCUGAAGUCUGAGUUGUGUCACUGAGAUAACGUAUUGUUAUAUCCUAUUUCAUUCAUAAUAGGUUUUAUAAGAAGCUGAUUUAUAUUACUCAGUGUUUGUGAAGAGCAGGUUUACCAUGAAAUGAAUGCCUUUAUUCAGCUCAGACCCCUAGUGUGCAUGGUCGUACACGCGUCGCUGAGACGCAGGAGCUGCAACAGGCGGGAAGGAAGACUGCUCACACUUGGUGUCUCCAGCUGGAAGCUUGUUUGGCGAGAGAAACACAGUCACCUCUCAGCUAUUGAAUUUGAAAGCUUCAGCAAUUUCGACGAUAAAAAUAAAAAUCUUCUUAAAAAAUUAACCCAAAAAACAUGAUAAAUUUUCAUAUAAAAGUAAAGUUUCAGUUUAGUUUUUAAUAAUGGCUUAACACCUCUUUUGAAUUACUGGUUGGUUUAACCUAAACUUUAAAAAACCUGUAAUGUAUUAAUAUACAUAGUAUAAUCAAAAGUUUGAAAUAUCAUAUUUCUUAAAUAAUGAGAACAUUAGUCACAUUUAGCAUACAUUUUUACAUUCAAAUCUGGAUGCUAAAAUAAGUGAAAGGGUUACUUUGAAUCACUGUCAAGGCUCAUGACUCACAUUUUGAGGUGGAUUCUUUUUUUAAUGUAAUACCUAACUUUUGAUAAUUUUUUUAAAUUAAUAUUUGAUCAGUAGGUCACAAUGCAGAUGAUCCUAUAAAAGGACACACUGUCUGUCUAUGUAGCAGCAGCUCCAGAGUAUUUUGGGGCAGUUUGAUACCUUUUAUAUGUGAAGAUAGCCUUAACCAGAGAAGUAAAAAUUUAAAGUUGACAAAAUGGUAUUUUUAAGACUUCAAAAUGAUAAAUGAUUUAAUUAAUAAAAUUGGCCUCAGACUAAUAAACAAAUCUAUAAACAAAUCAAAAUUAAAUAUUAGUUUAACAACAAAAACUAAAUAUUGAUUUAUUAGAAGCUGCCUCUCCACAUUGGUGAUUUAUUUUUAAUUACAAAAUUUCCAGCAGAUCUGUGCUUAAAGACCUUGAUAUUUGAAAUAGGUAGAUACUUGAUGAGGAAAUUAUACUUGCCUCUAUAAUGAUAAAAAUCUCAGCUUUAUAAAAUGCAUCUAUUCAUGAAGGUGAUUUCUCUAACUGGUGAUCAAAAUGUAAAAUUUUAAUAUGGUACUAAUAUCUCACUGGAGUGUAUACAUGUUUCUGAGUAAUUUUUUAAAAAUAAAACUUACAGAUUCAUAAGCAGAUUCAUUCUGUUGCAUGUGAUUGUUACAACAUUCUUUCCCAGGGAGUUCAAAUUUCAGCAACCUCAGAAAUCUGUAUUUGAUAUUAGGAAACUAUAAAUUUAACACCUGAAAUUGUCAUGUUCACUAUUCUACACCAACCUCGUGGAAAUCAGUGAUUUAUGUCUUUGUUUUCCUUUACCCGUGUUUGCCAGAUUCCCCAACCUUGGUUUUGUAGUGAUAACUACAUUUUGUAGUAGGAAUCAUUUCUACGGGGAUCAUUUUGAAACACAUGAACACCCAUCAGUACUGUUUCACUCUGAUUUAGUAAAUCAGAACGCAUUCCCCCUUUUCAUACACCCAUUCUGAGGUGCCGCUGCAUAUGCUUAGUGUUGUGGAGAGCUGAGUUCUUGAAUAUGCACAGAAACACUUAAACUUUGCCUCAUAUUCCUGAAAUGUCUGAAAAUGGCCCCAUAAAAGUUAAAGCCUGGAGAACAUUGUUUCUGUGAAGCUUCUUAACUCAUUCUGAACAAGUUCAUUUAAAAUUUUUCGAGGUUGUACCCUAUUUGGUUUUCAGUACUACAUAACACUGACUUGUCCUUCUUAAUCGUGUUUCUGAUAUUUUAUUUGAUGUCACAUUUGGGUUGGAGUUUUAGUGGGGAUGGAAACUUGCUCCUAGUGAGAAGUGGCAUUCAUGCUAAAGACUCAGUAUAUGAGCAGGCUUUAUGGACCCUUAGAGUAACUGUUGCCUUAAUGUUUGGUGCAAUUUACAGUGCAUAAGUGACUCUAGUCUUAUGCUGAGUAACUUGAGCUUUUUUAGUUCAGUGAGAAUUGUAAAAGCCACGUGUUUAUUGUGCCCAACACAUUACUACAAAGAAAGGAUUAAAUUCUUUCCUCUUGUGAGGAAUUGGGUUUUCUUCCUAAAUGCUUACAUACUACAUGUAAUACAAUUACUGUAAAGUUACUUACGAGGCUAGAAGCCCUCUGGCAUGCAUAGCUGUGCUGAUGUAUUUUGGAAAAUCAAAGUGAAGGGUGAGUUUCCAUCGGUGUGCAUAGUGUACCAGAUACAGAUGGUUCCAGGGCUGCCUCCUUUUCAGAACAUUUUCUUAGGAUCCACCAGGUCCCAGCUUGCAUUCUUGAAAAUGCCUUUGUGCGUGUUGGCUCCAGAGAUUUUCCUUUCUGGUAUUCUUUUAUAACUACAGUUUCUUAACCAUAGCUGAUCAGGGGAAGCCCUGUAAUCCCAAACUGAAGCAUUAAUCUUGGCUGUUGAGUGGGGCUGGGUUUGCUGAGCAUCUAUUCUAGACAGUAAAUGUGGACACACGUGGCUGUUUAUUGCAGGUUGAUUCACAAACUGCAUGUGCUGGUGCUUGAGGCAGCCAAAAUGAGUACUGUGGAAAGCCUGUCUACAUUUUAAAAAACAUUGAAAUUGGAAUUAAAAACAGCUUUAAUAACUUUUUGUUUACCACUUAAUACUUUGCAACUUUGAUUUUAACUAGGGCUUAGCUCAUGGUGGGAGAAAAGCUGAAAAUAACAAGUGCCAGUUUAGGACUGAGGAUCCAGAAUCGCCUUUGGCUUUCUGAGUUACAGGAGCUUCACUUGGCUCAAGGCUUCCUGUUUCUGAAUGAGCCACAUGUCAGUGUGUUCAUUAAGUUUUUAUUAAUUUCAAUUUCCUAAAAGGAAAACAACAUAUACUUUGAUGCUAAAAUCCAGAAAGCAUAAAAGAUUUUUUUUUAACUAUUGAAAUACAGUGUCUGAGAUGGAGGAUGUAAAGUACUUAGCUUUCUGCUUCUUGAGCCAGUGUCUUUAGUGUGAAAUUUGACUGUAAAAACUACUUGUAAUGUCAACAGAUUGUAGAAACAUACUAUUAAUAAAAUGGACCUGGGCCUAAGAACUUUUGCUUUAAAGGGAGUAUGAAGCUGGCUGUUGUUCUGUUUGCAUCUGGGUUUUUCUUUUAACUUUAGUUUUCAUCUUUAUAUUUUUGCUGAUUUGAAAACAACUUUUGUAAGUUUAUUAAGCAUAAUCAAGUACAACCUAAAUAUAACUGAAUCCAUUUCAAUUCACAGCUCAGCAUAUUGUUAGCUAGGUUUCAUGACCCUCAGUACUUUUUUAAAUCAAUGUCACACGCCUAGGAGGCAGUCCGUCUCCUUUGAACGUGAAGCCUCCCCCGCUGGAGUCUUGGAAGAUCCUCGAAGAACGAGCGCUCCUGUGCUCUCCUACCUGCACUUCCUUAACAAGCCCGCGUGAGGGCCACUGGCGCAUGGGGCGCGCAUGCCAGAGAACCGUCACAGAAUUAAGUAACUGCAGUUCUGUGAACAUGAAAAGGUUUCUUUGGUUCUCAAAGGAAAUUAUUAUACUUUUUUUCCCCAAAAAUAAUACAUCAAGUAUCAUUAGGAACGUUUUUCAGAGGCUGAACUUCCAAAUCUAAGGGAGAGAGAAAAAAGGGGGAAAAAGUUUCAGUGUGGAUUUCUGAGUAGCAUAUACACUAGUUUUUCAGGCAUCUUACUGUCGGCAGUGUUUUUCACGAACAACAUGAGCUCCCUGUGAACUGUGGUGGUGAACCCUGUGAGCAGUCUUGUUCACACACCCAAAAGGAAUGAAAUGCUUAUGCUGGUAUACAGUUUCUGUAAAUAAUUAUCUCUUGAGCUACUUAAAGAGUAUCCCAAAAAGAUCACAGUGCCUUGUUGGGAUUUUUUUUUUUUCAUGAAAUAGCCAUUAUUUAAAACAAGUGGGAGAGAAUAUCUUUAAAGGACAGUGAUUGUUUAGCAGUUUACCACUACUCCUCUUCAGAGCCAUGUGUCAGGAACUAGGCAGUUGUAUGUAGAAACUCCGACAGCUCCUUCCGCGGCGUUGGUCUGGACCACCUGUUCUAGCCCAUUGAGCUGAUUCCGUGGUGGACCUGUGCUCCCACAUACAUCUACUCCGUCGAUGGGAUUUCUGUGUGGUUUCAGCCUUACAUUUUCAUUUCUGCUGCCCCAACUUAGUAGCCCUGAGAUGUGGCUCGGUGGGUGUGACAUUCUUGGUCCUGAAGACCAGCUACAUGCUUUACGAUGUUUGCUUACACAGCUCCCUGAGGAGCAAGCCUCUGUGUGUGUCCGGGGCGGGGGGGGGGGGGGGGGGGGGGUCCUGUUUCUUACGUUGUGUGUUAGUCCCUUUUUUGUGUGAUGGUGCCUUCAGAAUAAUGAAUAUUUCUGUUUCUGGACAAUGAUAAAUCUUAAAAGAAAUAUGUGUAGGUUAUAUUUCUUAAUUUUUGUCCUUUUUGCUAGCCUGUGAAAUUCUUUGGCUCUGAUGCAACUUGACUUGAAUAAUAUCUUAUCCUGAGUCUUCCUCCAAGGCAGUACAUAGUCCUGCCAGUACUGUAGUAAUCUUUUGGGAACUACAUGUGGAUAAGCACUUGUACGACGUAUGUAAGCCAUUAUGCUGCUGUAACUAAUGCAUACAAAAACAAUUCGUCUCUCUAUGUUUAUAGUCUAAAAGUGGGUAUAUAGUGGGAAGGAGAAUUCCUGAGAGGUUCCAGCAUAGCUUUGUCAAUUCGGACUGAGCCAUACUGUUUUCCACAAGGGCUCCACACACAGUCUGUAUACUGUGCUUUCAGUGUAUGUUUGCAUUCUCCUUUUAUUGCUUUUCCUAGACUGUACUGUUCUAUAAGCAAAUGCCCAUGUGUGAUUUUUGAGAUGUGCUGGGGAAAAAAAAAUAAAACAAUACCAAAAC